CUGCUCGCAAGGUCCCUUCUGGGCCCAGGAUCCACCCCCAAAUUCUUUAGGCGUGAGCGGUCCCGCAGCCAAGAGGAGCUGCCUGCCCUGUUCAGACGGCCCAGGCAGGGCCACGGCCCAGUCCUGCACCUCCGUGAGGAGCUCGGUGCCACCUCGAGGCGUUCUUUAGGAGCUCCGGGGCCAGGAGCCCGCCUGUGGCCAGCCCUCCCUGUGCUGCCUUCCCCAGUCCUUGGGGACUGUCUGAGCUCUGCUGUGUUCUCCGGGGAGCAGGCGCCGGCCGGCACUCCGGGUGUUGCUGAGCAGCGUCGCCCACAAGCCGAAAAACUGGCCAGCACAAUGGGAAAAAAACAGAACAAGAAGAAAGUGGAAGAGGUCUUAGAGGAAGAGGAGGAGGAAUAUGUGGUGGAGAAGGUCCUGGACCGGCGGGUGGUGAAGGGCAAGGUGGAAUACCUGCUGAAGUGGAAAGGCUUCUCCGAUGAGGAUAACACAUGGGAGCCGGAGGAGAACCUUGACUGCCCAGACCUCAUCGCUGAGUUCCUUCAGUCCCAGAAAACCGCCCAUGAGAGCGAGAAGUCCGAGGGGAGCAAACGCAAAGCAGAAUCUGACACGGAGGAUAAGGGGGAAGAGAGCAAACCAAAGAAGAAGAAGGAGGAGUCGGAGAAACCGCGAGGCUUUGCCCGGGGCUUUGAGCCGGAACGGAUCAUCGGUGCCACGGACUCCAGCGGGGAGCUGAUGUUCCUGAUGAAGUGGAAGAACUCUGACGAGGCCGACCUGGUCCCUGCCAAGGAAGCCAACAUCAAGUGCCCCCAGGUGGUGAUCUCGUUCUAUGAGGAGCGGUUGACAUGGCAUUCCUACCCCUCGGAGGACGAUGACAAGAAAGAGGACAAGAACUAACCCCUGGCGCCCGCUCUGGCCAGCCUCUGUGUAAAGAUCUGAACUGUGGGUUUGAGCAGGAGGGAGAGAACGCAGCUCGGCUCGGUCGGGAGCGUAGAGAUGGCUGGAGAAGAUGCCCUUUGAAGAGACCAGUAUGGUUUCUGUGCCCUGCAGCUGCUCAACGGCUUUGUGCGGCUUCAUGCUGCGUACAGAUUCCAAGCAGCCCGGCUCACGGGGGGGGAGGGAAGGGCGGGGGGUGCGGGGUGCAGAUGUUUGUUUCCAGGCUGUCCAUUCUGCGGCUCGUGGGAGAGGAGGCAAAGCCCCUUCCACGGAGGACUGGCACUGGGGGUGGGUGGGCUGGGGAAAGGGAGUGCAGACGGAUACUGCUUGUUCUUCAAAGACCAUCUCAGCAACCCACAGCCUUCUUCCCAAUAGUGUUAACUCUGCAUUUUUACGGCGUAGCAUGUGUGUAGAUUUUUUUUUUUUUUUUUUUGUUCUUUUGCUAUUUACUGGUGUAUCGGUUUGGGGGGGCUGGGGGGAGGGAUGUGGGGAAAUCGGUCUCUUGUUUAAUUGGGGAGGGAGGGAGAUGAGGUCUGGUGACAAUGUUCCAGAUCAUUUCCAGAUCUUUUUUAGAACCUGAGUUCAAAAAAAGAAAAACAGGAAAAAAAAAAAAGAAAAAAAAAAAAGAGCCCAGUAUUGAUGACAGAACUAGGGAGACAGGGACACUGACACGAGACUGAAACUGUGAAUGUCCAAAGCUCUGGAGCCAAGGUCCUCAAAGCCCUGGAAGCAGUUUUUAGGGGGGGAGGGGGGAGAGGGGAGACUUGUGAAAAUGCAAACUUGUGAUUCGUAUUGUCCUGAAGCAGAACUGCCAGUUACUGACACAUGCAUUGUAUGUGGGGGGUGGGGGGGUGCGGGGUAGGAAGGGAUUUUUAACCUCUUAAAAGCCUUUCUACCCUUCUUUCCAUUACAAGGUGCUAUUUCUCAAAAUCGGGGGGAGAGAGACUUCUGACUACUUGUUCCUUUUCUCACCUUAAUUUGAGUGUCCAGCCAGCAGCAUGGGGAACCCUGCAGUUUUAUCGCAUGGGGGAGAGAGGAAACCAACAGCAGCACAAGGAAAAUCAAUUCCACGUUCUCCCAUACCAAGUGAUUGUAGGAAGCCAGACGUUGGUGCUGGUGCCAGAUGAGUUACCCUGAAUCUUCUGAGGGUUUUUUUUUUUUUUUUUAAUCCAAUUUAUUACAAAUACUGAACUAUUUAAUGUCUGGAGUCAUGAGCCCCACCAGACUCCUGGCACCUCCUCGUAGGGUGGUAUGUAUCUAGACUUGCAUUGUACAAACCUUUUUUUAAAGCAUGUGUUUAGGUUUCUGUGAAAACGUUGUUUAAAUGUAAAGUACGUGUUUGGAUUUUAACUUCAUACCAAGCUCCGUCAGUUUUUUGUCUCAAUAAAAUUUUAGAUUUAUAAUCCUGA